UAAAACCAUAAUUUCAAAGUGCGUUAUCAAAUAGCACAUGCGUUUUUUGCAUACACGUAAAACCACCAUUGUUGUGCAAAAACAUUUGAUUGAAAAAAUCAUUGUUGCAUUUAAAACUUUGUUAUAUUAUUACGUUUAUAUCUAAAAAAUUAUUACCUACAACAUCAAAAAUGUACAAGCUAGACUUACCGAUUGACAAGAAAGAGUUCGAGGCCAUCGAAGCCCGUCGCCAGCGGGAACUUCAGCGCCAGAGCCGAAUCUUCAAUGCCAAAGUUCGUACUAUCGGCAUCGACCUCCAGGCGGUCCAGGAGCAGGAACGGGAUCGUCGGAUGCGCGAGGAGAUGGAACGUCGCCGUCACGAAGCAUUUGCUAAUGACAUGAUCCGAAAUGAUAAAAUCGCGCAACUGCUCCAGAAACGACAAGAAGCUGACAUUAGACGACUGAACAAAGCUCUAAACGAGUACAGAAAUAUGCAUCAGCAGCCAAAUACUCGUCGGGAGUUUGAUCUCUACGACCCUGAUUCACUCAAGAAGGAUAAACCUGCUCGGGUUCAUGACGAUGACCCCCGUUGUACCCUCUCCUCACUUCAAAAAUUUGAGGGUGAAGACUUGAACAACCCUGCACGAAGAAAACUUCAGCAGGAACAGAUGCGCGAAUGGUCCAAGCAGCAAGCCGAGGAGCGACGAAAGGCCGAAGAGAAAAAACGAAGAGCCGACAUGCUGUACGACAAGAAACAAAUCGAGCUGGACAACCGCGCAAUGGAGCUUCAAAAAGCCGAAAUGGCCUGCCGAAAGGCGAUUGUCACCGCACAAUCGAAUUACAACAAAGCGUUGUCAGAUGAAGUCAAUAACCAGAAAGAGUUAGAUAAACGAAGAGAGAUGGAUGACAAGCUAACGGAAAUAGCUAAUCACGUGCACGGAGAUUUCCUGACCGAAAAUCCAAACAUCUCCACGAGUGCCUUCGGUCCUCACCGAGUUAUCCCAGAUAGGUGGAAGGGAAUGACUCCAGAACAGAUUGCGGAGAUUAGGAAGAACCAGAAGAUCCAGGAGGAUGAAAGGAAGGAGCGAGAGGCACAGCAGAAACGGGAGGAUGAAGAGUGGGAAAAACAGGCUAAUCUGCACGCAAAAGCCGGAAUGGUGCUGGAACGAGAACAGGGAAGGCAGUUGAGAAACCGGAACAAAGAUGUUGCUGAAGAGAAUCUGAAAUUGGCCAUGGAACAAAAAGCACACAAGGAGUUCCUGGACAAACAAGUCUACAUCAACCCCCCGACCGCCGCCUUCUUCCAACAGUUCAACACCAUCACCCGAUAAGCAGACAGAUAGCAGAGAGAUAUAUGAACCAACAUUCCCGAAAAGAAAAGGAGGACCUUGUGAUUCAAAUUUGGUCUCCAUUUUGUAGUUCCUAUGGGUAGCAGUUGUCAAACCAAUCAAAUGGAUGAAUUAAUUGCAAUCGAAAUUAAAGCUCAGUUAAAUAUUG